ACAAAGGGCGGAAGGGCAGAUCGGGGACUGGCGGCGGUGGCGUGGGGCGGCGACGGAAGAAAACGUGGCGAACGAACGCUUGGUGGGCCGUGGGCCGGGCCGAGAAGCCCAUCCACUAGUACUUGGUCGUCAUCUAACUUGUAACCGAAGCCGAGGGGAAAUCCACCCAGCGGCGGAGAUGAGUGGCGGUGGCGCGAGGAGGGUGCUGGAGGCGUGGAGGCUGGGGGUGGUCAAGUACGGCGAGGCCCUCAAGCUCCAGGAGCGGCUGGUCGCCGACCGGCGGGCCGGUCGGGUCCCGGACCUCGUGCUCUCCCUGCAGCACCCGCCGACCUACACCUUCGGCAAGCGCCGCACCGACCACAACCUGCUGGUGCCGGAGUCCAGCCUGGGGCGCCUCGGUGCCGAGCUCCACCGCACGGAGCGGGGCGGCGACGUCACCUUCCACGGCCCGCGCUAGGCCGUGCUCUACCCGAUCCUCUCGCUCCGGGACAUCGGCCUCGGCGCGCGGAGGUACGUGGAGGGGCUCGAGGCCGCCAUGGUCGAGGUCGCCUCGCUCUACGGCGUCGAGGCGCGGCCGGGGGGCCGCUGCACCGGCGUCUGGGUCGGGGACAGGAAGAUCGGGGCCAUCGGGGUCAGGAUCUCCUCCGGGUUCACCUCCCAUGGCCUCGCCUUCAACAUCGAUCCCGACUUGGGCUACUUCAAGCACAUCGUGCCAUGCGGCAUCGCCAACAAGGAUGUCACGUCGCUGCGUCAGGAGGCAAAAGUGGAACUCCCUCCUGACGAGGUGAUCCAUCAUCAGCUCGUGCAGAGCUUGGCCAAAACCUUCCGUUUCAGCGAUGUGAAAGUCAAGGAUGAUUCCGAGUGUACAGAGAUGGUUUACUCAGCUGCUGCGCAACGAUGAUGUGUAUUUUACUCUGUAUACUGGGGAUUCUUCUCAAUACAUACAUUGUUAUAAAUUUGGGUUUGAAA